AUGACAGUGAGAUCCGCUGCCCUUGUUGCUGCGGCGGCAGUGGCAGGAGGAUUCGUUGCCGCCCAAAGCAACACAACGGCGACAAGCUCGACAGGGACGACCUUUGCAGCCAUCGCCGGGUACACCCCAGUAUCGGACGUUGUCGAGCACUCCGAGCUGGACUUGGAUGUUGCCGAAAUCGAAGCGGGCGCCGAUCUGCUGUCGGAAGCUGGCUUCGCCACUGCGUACACGGCGUACUCCGUGGGUGGAAACAGCGAGAAGACGGACUCGACCCGGACUGUCCAGGGUUUCUCGACCGGCGCUCAAGAGAAGCUCACCGGCGAGGUCACCUUCGACAUUUGGGAGGCGUUCUGGGGCAGCCCCGAUUACGCCGACCAGUACACGUCGGGGGCAUGCCUGGGAACUGGCACCUUCGCAGGCGCAUCCAACCUCACGCGUUCGGAGUGUUGCCUCAAGGGAGCACAGUACCAAAACAUAUGGAUGUACGUGACGCACGAGCUAUACGACGCCGUCGGAGACUGCGAGAACGGAGACCUGUCCGCCAACGACGGUGGGCCGCACGCCUGGGACGAAGGCUGGGCCUUCUACGCUGGCUCCCUUGAGGGCACCGACGUCGGGGGCACGGGCGACGGGCAGAUGCUCUACGCGCUGGCGGAGAAGAGGUGCGAGAACUUCGGGACAUGCACCGGAGACUCGGACGGCAGCGACACGACGGGUGUAUCGGCGAUUAACUCUGAGCUGCUCACUCUGUGGGAGACUGGCCAGGCGAGCCUGCUCGCCGAGGAGUGCACCGAGGCCUCGGCUGUGAUCGACCAGAUCUUGCCGCUCAUGGCUGUUCCUCUCAUCCAGGGUCUGCUGAGGUACACGUACCUUGCUGACCCCGCUAUUGGAACGGGCGGCGACAAAGAGGCCGCCGAGCUCUGGGCCUUCUCCGCCUCGAUCUUGCCGUGGAUCAGCACCUGCGAUGCUGCGGUCGGGACGAAAGUCCGCGACAACACCGAGCUCGGGAGCGCGAGCGCGCCCAUGGCGGACGGGUACGCGGCGAUCAAGGCGGAGCUGGAGACCGUGUACUCUUGCAUGGGCAUCACGUGCGCCCAGGUUGGCGGCCUUCUUGACGACACCGGCGCCUACUACGCGGACUUCGAACCAUGCGUUGAUGCGGACGCAUCGACCACCUCUGUGACUUCCGCGACCGGUACCUACGCGAAUAUCGCGGGAUAUGAACCAGGAUCGGAUGUCGUGGAACACUCGGAGCUUGACCUGGACGUUGCCGACAUGGAGGCGGGCACCGACUUGGAGUCGGAAGCUGGCCUCACCGCCGCGUACACGGCGUACUCCGAAGGCGGAAACAGCGAGAAGACGGACUCGACCCGGACCCUCCAGGGCUUGUCGACCGACGCUCAAGAAAAGCUGACGGGCGAGGCUACCUUCGACGUUUGGGAGGCGUACUGGGGCAGCCCCGACUACGCCGACCAGUACACGUCGGCGGCAUGCCAGGGAACGGGCACCUUCGAAGGCGCUGAGAUGGUCACGCGUUCGGAGUGUUGCCUCAAGGGAGCACAGUACCAGAACGUGUGGAUGUACGUGACUCACGAGCUAUACGACGCCGUCGGAGACUGCGAGAACGGAGACCUUUCAGCCAACGACGGUGGGCCUCACGCGUGGGACGAAGGGUGGGCCUUCUACACGGGUUCCCUUGAGGGCACCGCCGUCGGGGGCACGGGCGACGGGCAGAUGCUGUACGCCCUGGCGGAGAAGAGGUGUGAGAACUUCGGGACAUGCACCGGAGACUCGGACGGCAGCGACACGACGGGUGUAUCGGCGAUCAACUCUGAGCUUCUGGGUCUGUGGGAGGAUGGGAAGGCCAACCUGCUCGCCGAGCAGUGCACCCAAGCCUCGGCCGUGAUCGACCAGAUCGUGCCGCUUAUGGCGGUUCCUCUCAUCCAGGGUCUGCUGAGGUACACGUACCUUGCUGACCCCGCUAUUGGAACGGGCGGCGACAAGGAGGCCGCCGAGCUCUGGGCCUUCUCUGCCUCUAUCCUGCCGUGGAUCAGCGCCUGUGAUGCCGCGGUUGGGACCACCGUCCGCGACAACACGGAGCUCGGGAGCGCCAGCGCGCCCAUGGCAGACGGGUACGCGGCGAUCAAGACGCAGCUGGAGACCGUUUACUCUUGCAUGGGCAUCACUUGCGCCCAGGUUGGCGGUCUUCUGGACGACACCGGCGCCUACUACACGGACUUCGAGCCAUGCGAUGACAGCACUUCCACGACCGAUUCCGCGACUUCUGCGACCGGUACCUACGCGGAUAUUGCGGGAUACACGCCAGGAUCGGAUGUCGUGGAGCACUCGGAGCUUGACCUGGACGUUGCCGACAUGGAGGCGGGCACCGACUUGGAGUCGGAAGCCGGCCUCACCGCCGCGUACACGGCGUACUCCGAAGGCGGAAACAGCGAGAAGACGGACUCGACCCGGACCCUUCAGGGCUUGUCGACCGACGCUGAUGGAAAGCUGACGGGCGAGGCUACCUUCGACGUUUGGGAGGCGUACUGGGGCAGCCCCGACUACGCCGACCAGUACACGUCGGCGGCAUGCCAGGGAACGGGCACCUUCGAAGGCGCUGAGAUGGUCACGCGUUCGGAGUGUUGCCUCAAGGGAGCACAGUACCAGAACGUGUGGAUGUACGUGACUCACGAGCUAUACGACGCCGUCGGAGACUGCGAGAACGGAGACCUUUCAGCCAACGACGGUGGGCCUCACGCGUGGGACGAAGGGUGGGCCUUCUACACGGGUUCCCUUGAGGGCACCGCCGUCGGGGGCACGGGCGACGGGCAGAUGCUGUACGCCCUGGCGGAGAAGAGGUGUGAGAACUUCGGGACAUGCACCGGAGACUCGGACGGCAGCGACACGACGGGUGUAUCGGCGAUCAACUCUGAGCUUCUGGGUCUGUGGGAGGAUGGGAAGGCCAACCUGCUCGCCGAGCAGUGCACCCAAGCCUCGGCCGUGAUCGACCAGAUCGUGCCGCUUAUGGCGGUUCCUCUCAUCCAGGGUCUGCUGAGGUACACGUACCUUGCUGACCCCGCUAUUGGAACGGGCGGCGACAAGGAGGCCGCCGAGCUCUGGGCCUUCUCUGCCUCUAUCCUGCCGUGGAUCAGCGCCUGUGAUGCCGCGGUUGGGACCACCGUCCGCGACAACACGGAGCUCGGGAGCGCCAGCGCGCCCAUGGCAGACGGGUACGCGGCGAUCAAGACGCAGCUGGAGACCGUUUACUCUUGCAUGGGCAUCACUUGCGCCCAGGUUGGCGGUCUUCUGGACGACACCGGCGCCUACUACACGGACUUCGAGCCAUGCGAUGACAGCACUUCCACGACCGAUUCCGCGACUUCUGCGACCGGUACCUACGCGGAUAUUGCGGGAUACACGCCAGGAUCGGAUGUCGUGGAGCACUCGGAGCUUGACCUGGACGUUGCCGACAUGGAGGCGGGCACCGACUUGGAGUCGGAAGCCGGCCUCACCGCCGCGUACACGGCGUACUCCGAAGGCGGAAACAGCGAGAAGACGGACUCGACCCGGACCCUUCAGGGCUUGUCGACCGACGCUGAUGGAAAGCUGACGGGCGAGGCUACCUUCGACGUUUGGGAGGCGUACUGGGGCAGCCCCGACUACGCCGACCAGUACACGUCGGCGGCAUGCCAGGGAACGGGCACCUUCGAAGGCGCUGAGAUGGUCACGCGUUCGGAGUGUUGCCUCAAGGGAGCACAGUACCAAAACGUGUGGAUGUACGUGACUCACGAGCUAUACGACGCCGUCGUAGACUGCGAGAACGGAGACCUGUCCGCCAACGACGGUGGGCCGCACGCCUGGGACGAAGGCUGGGCCUUCUAUGCCGGUUCCCUUGAGGGCACCGACGCCGGGGGCUCGGGCGACGGGCAGAUGAUCUACGCGCUGGCGGAGAAGAGGUGCGAGAACUUCGGGACGUGCUCGGGAGACACGGACGGCAGCGACGCGACGGGUGUAUCGGCGAUUAACUCUGAGCUGCUCACUCUGUGGGAGGUUGGAAAGGCCAACCUGCUCGCCGAGGAGUGUACCGAGGCCUCGGCUGUGAUCGACCAGAUCGUACCGCUCAUGGCGGUUCCUCUUAUCCAGGGUCUGCUGAGGUACACGUACCUUGCUGACCCCGCUAUUGGAACGGGCGGCGACAAGGAGGCCGCCGAGCUCUGGGCCUUCUCUGCCUCUAUCCUGCCGUGGAUCAGCGCCUGCGAUGCCGCGGUUGGGACUGCUGUCCGCGACAACACGGAGCUCGGUAGCGCCAGCGCGCCCAUGGCGGACGGGUACGCGGCGAUCAAGACGCAGCUGGAGACCGUUUACUCUUGCAUGGGCAUCACGUGUGCGCAGGUUGGCGGUCUUCUGGACGACACCGGUGCCUACUACACGGACUUCGAGCCAUGCGAUGACGGGAGUUUGGCAAGUAUCGACAGGUCGAGCGACAGCGGUCUUGACGAUGGUGGUAUCGCCGGUGUAACGAUCGGCGUCAUCGCAGCUGCUGCCAUCGGCGUUGCGGCGGUUGUGCUCUUCAAAAAGAGACGGAAGGGCGCGGCGACAGUCAACGAGAACUUGGGCAACUUUUAAGCUCACUUAGCUCGGGUGGAACUGCAGUUUAACAGAUGUAACAAAUUCAUACAUACAAGACUCCCCUUCGGGAGUUAAGUGGUGUGUGGCGACGCAAGAGGACAUGGUCGAUGUCAUCGCGGUCGUAUCGGCGCAUCAUUUUGCAUCAUGUGCGUUUUUCUUUUUUUUCGUUCGCAGUGAUGUCUUUGCUGCGGGUCCUCUACUGCUGUUAUCCUCUGUGUUCAUUUUGUUGUCCUUGGGCGUGGGUUGUAAUGUACCGACACCCCACCGUACCCCUGAGAAGGAAGCGUGAACAAGGACUCGCUUCCGCCAGCGAAAGAUGUCUCGGAGUACGCUCGAAGCACGAAUACAGUCGAACUGAUACAGACAUACAUCCGUUUCUCCUGCUUCUUAUCGGUUUAACACCAUUGGCUGUUGCGCAGGGGCGUGUUUAUCAAUCAAUUUUGCUGGACAAGUACUCUAUCGUUGUUGCAUUCUUUGUGAAGAGGGUGAUGGGGGGGGGUGAUACCCGAAUGAUGCUUUAGAAAGCGGUUGGAAGUUUCAUUUGUUAAUGACGACCUGUUUCACCUCAAAAUGCGUGUAGGCUGUGUGUUGACACAGGGGCGGACGAAGGUUACGCCGUUGCCUCCAACGUACAAGGAGGUAGAAGUUUAUGGUGGAGCUUCAUCCAAGCCAGGGAGAGAAGAACCGUAACUAGCUGAGUUCAUGGAGUAUGUUUCAACCACUUGCAUCCUAAAUCAGAGCGCUCUUUUAUCUUGCCGGUUGAUUCUCCAAUCAAAUGCAGUGGUGGCGAUCAACGAGAAAAUUGUAUACGUUUCUGACCACAGGCUAGGGUCAAUUUUGUAGGCCACCAGCAGCCGCAUGUAGGUUUUGUAAUGGUUUUGGCGUGCGUGGGGUUUUAUGUUGGUCUGUAUUGGGCAUCUCUCAUGCGUUCCUAGAUUCCGAGAUGUCGAUGUUUGUUUGCAGACUGAUUGAUUAUUACGUAUGUCGAUGCAUGUUAGCUUCCGGAGUGAUGGUCGUAAAAAAGAAUGACGUUCACCAGCCUCAAGGUCCCACAAGAGGUGGCAAUGCAGACAAACCUGUGGGUUAUUUUUCAUGGACGGACGUGUUUCGUAAGCAAGCGUGAUUUCGUUGGUUGGGUCGUUCUUGGUUCCGACCAGGGGUAAGUUUUUUCGAGGGCAUUAAGCGAGUUACUUUGUACCAAAGACACAGCAUGGGGGCCGAGGUACAUAAUAAUAAGGAGAGGCUCGGUCGUGUAUGAGAGGUAAAUUAGUAAGCAAGCCGCCAGGGCAGGUAGCGAAGGCAUACUGCAAGCCUGC